AUGCUGGGGAGGACCAAGUAUCACAACCCCAAGGCGGAGGAGCUGAUCAAGGAGGGACUGCACAAGAGGGAGGAACUUCUCCAGCAGGGGCUCAGCUACGUGGCCAGCGAGACGAAGAAGGACGAGACCAAGAGGAUCUUACUGCAGCAUCAGAAGGCCCUUCACAACCCCCGCUCCCGCCAGAGCAUCCUCCUCUCCCUCAAGAACCAGGUUCUGGAGUUCCUCCUGCAGUACCUUACUAGGCUCGAGAUUCCUCCCCUCACCUUCUCCCGCGGCAGCGGCGCCUCCGAGUUCAGCUAUGCGCUCGGCCGGAUCGUACUCUCCGCCGUGUCCAUCCCGAGCUCAGACCUGCUCGUCACUGUGUCCGGCAAACGUGUCACUGUCAAGGCCAAACAGGUGAGCGCGGAGCUCCGGGACUUCACAUGGAUGUACAAGCAGAAAGGCUUCCCGUGGCUGAAGGACCGAGGGUCCGCCGAUGCUGAGGUGAAGGGACUGUCGCUGUGGCUCAACUUCGACAUGGAGGGCUUGUCGCUGUCCAAGGGGGAGAUGGCAGUGAGGAGGCAGGAGGAGGGAAGAAGCAGCUCGAGGCCACCAACAGAGUCAAGAUUCGACACCUUGAUAUCCGCCUCCACAAGGCCCAGGUGA